AUGGAUUUUAAGUCGAAGCUACCAAAAGACGUAUACCCAGGGCAUCUGAUAUGUCCUAUAUACCAUGGAGUGGAGGAAAAUGGUACUGAAUUCGUAUACCAGUUUAUACCGGGGCCUGGGACAGUGCAGCAGCAAUAUACCAUAAAUGGGCAACAAAUAGACGCCAUAGCUGCCACUCUCCUUGGAAAAGUUAAGCUUCGGGAGGAGACUAAUGCGUUGGAUGGCUCUGAGAGUGCCAAGCCGGACGCAGAAGCCGACCCAAAGGCAGAAAAUACUACGGAGGCGUCACAGGGACGAAGGGUGGUAAAGAAGAUGCUAGUCAGUGUGUCUAAAAGAGCUAGCGAGGAGGAUCUUGGAAGUAGUGUUGACACGGAUUUUGCGAACCAUCUGCCCAAGGAGGGAGAUGUAGUCCUGACCCGAGUAACCAGAAUAACCUUGCAGAGAGCUAACGUUGAGAUACUGGCAGUUGAAAACACGAACUCUCCAAUAGAUUAUGGAGUUGGUAGCAAGGGCUCAGGCAUAGUCGCUAGCAAUGGAGGUAAUACAGGAUUUUCCAUGUCGCAGGUACCAUCGGACCUUGGAGAGACGUUCCGGGGUAUAAUCAGAUCCCAGGACGUGCGGGCGACCAAUAGAGACCAAGUUAAGAUGGUAGAAGCGUUCCGCCCCGGUGACAUUGUGAGAGCCCAGGUGCUUUCUUUGGGAGACGGAUCAAACUACUACCUCACGACAGCACGUAAUGACUUGGGCGUGGUUUUCGCAAAGGCAAGCAACGGUGCAGGCGGCCUCAUGUAUGCUGUAGACUGGCACACCAUGGUGGCACCAUCCACAGGGGUCACUGAGCUGCGCAAGUGUGCAAAGCCAUUCUGA